AUGACAAUUACUGGUAAUUCUGUAGUUGGAGUUAGUAAUAAUGGAACUUUCAAUUCCACAUCAAAAAGAGAUAAAAAAGAAGGUGACAAUGAUUUUGAUGAUAAGCAAGAGAUCAAAAGGACUAAAUAUACUACUCCACCGCAGCCACUGUAUAAAGCGUACAACUUACGACCACCUAUAGACAAAACUUUAGAGAACAAAAAUACAACAUUCUCAUCUGCAUCAACGGAUGCAUCCUAUGUUCCAUAUUUUGAUUCUCCGACUUCAGAAAAUUCAAUUAAGACAAAAAAGCCAUAUUACAUUGAUUAUUUUAUAGGACUCGGAAAUGUUGAAUGGGACCUAAUAGAAGGUGCUACUAGGAAUUUACAAGGACUUCGUGAAUUCUUCGAUGAUGAGUUAUGGCAGUGCAUUUUUUUAGAAAUUCGUACACAAUAUUCUUACGUAGAUAUUCCAGAACGUGUCUUUGAUUUGUGCGGAACAGUUGUGAAGAUCGCAUCCAAGCAACAGGACCCUCGACAGCGUCGAACCGAAAUAAAAAGUUAUCUAAGAAGUUACAAUACUAAUGGAGAAUUUGAAGAAAUAAUGCAUGAUAUUCUUUAUCGUUUGUAA